AUGAAGAGCUUCUUCGCAAAGGGGUCUGUUGUAGCCAUUCUCCUUUUGGCAAUUUUCUUGGUCAGUGAAGCUCAGCAAUGCCGUCCUAGUGGAAGAAUCAGAGGAAGGAAGCCCCCUCCUGGACAAUGUAACAAGGAGGACGACUCUGACUGUUGUAAAGCUGGAAAAAUGUACCCAACAUACACAUGCUCGCCACCUAUGUCUGGAAACACCCAAGCCUACCUCACUCUUAACAGCUUCGAAGCAGGAGGUGACGGAGGAGGCCCAUCCGAAUGUGACGGACAAUACCACGAUGACAACACUCCAGUUGUGGCAUUGUCCACCGGAUGGUACAACGGUGGAUCAAGGUGCCUUAAGAAUAUCAAAAUUAACGGUAAUGGGCAGAGCGUGGUAGCCAUGGUCGUGGAUGAAUGUGACUCUACUGAAGGAUGUGAUGCAGACCAUGAUUACCAGCCUCCUUGUCCUAACAACAUCGUUGAUGCCUCCAAGGCUGUUUGGAAAGCCUUAGGUGUGUCUGAGGACAAUUGGGGCGGCUUAGAUAUCACUUGGUCCGACGCUUAG